AAUAUUAUAUUAUAAGGUAUAAUGGAUGUUAUCGUUACCAAAGUCGUGAUCUCCGUGGACCACUGCAAUGUUCUUAGCAUCGAGUUGGCAUUCAACAUACUCCAAAGGAAAGUGUUCGCCGACAAUAAAUUGGACGUAUUUAUUUUAACUUUGGACGUGGAUGAAGUAAAAGAAAUGGCUGAACAUAUAAAAAAUUGUUGUUUCUCAAACUUGAAUGAAUUAGUCGUGACCGGCGAUCGCUUCGAGGCGUUCCUGAAGGCCGACUGCCUCCUGUUGAUGACUAAUUUGAACCCGCCGGAUCAUAAAAUUCUCGAAAACGUCCAAGACUUAGAGCAUGUUUUCAAAAAGGCUAAAUCGUUUGAUCGUCUGGCCAACUCGGAUGCCAGGAUCGUCAUGAUGGGACCGUGGUCAAACACGUGGUUACAGAUUUUUGCUGAAGUCGCUACACGCCUGAACAAGCUCAACUUUACCGGUUUGUCUAGACAUCACGUGAGCAAAGCGUUGGGGCUCAUCUCACGAAAACUUGACUGCGAAGUGCACGAAUUAUCGGACGUAUACGUUUGGGGCAAAAAUUUCAUGGACAUAGCCGAUGCUAAGAAAAAAACGAAAUUUGAACCGAGAAAAAAUGAAUUACAGUGUACCGUGAAAACGCAGAACGUCAUGGAUCUUUUAACUUCGAAUUGGAUCGACAAUUAUUUCACACCCCAGUUUGAAGCGAUGCAAACCACAACGACCUACAGACAUUGCGUUAUAUCAGCCGUGUGCCAUCACUUAAUUGACUGGUAUCAGGGCACCGAUGACAGGACAGUAUGCAUGACUAUUUCCGUAUAUCAACCAGGACAGAUCAACGAUGGCGUUUUCUCGUCGUAUCCGGUGGUCAUCGGCAAGUCCGGCCAAAUGUCCGUCCGAUACAUUGAAAAGGAUUCACAACAAUUUAUAAAACUGUACAGAUAUUUGGAAAGUCAACAAAAAGAAAGGUGCCUUAUUCGCAAUUACAUCAAGUACGAGGGUUGAAGAACUAUACCUACCGUUAAAAAUACAUAUUGGGAAAAAAUUACACACAUAAUAUUGUAAUAUCACGUAUUAAUCGUUAUAAUUGUUUAAAAUAUUUUUAAUUUUUGAUGAAAAAAAAACGACAAAAAAGACAUUAGACGUUGAAGGUUAGGAAACCUGGAAAUUUCCAUAAAUACAAGUACUGUAAUAUUUAAAAAAAAACUUUUACUUCGCUCCGAAUCCAAAAAUGUAUUACGGUAAUAUUAAAGUUAUAAACACGAUAUUGCAUGGUGUCAAUCAAUUAGCGUCAAUAUUAUUAUGGUAUGGUUGAUGGGAAAAGAACAAUAAGACCACGCGGUAUUAUUGUCACCUGUGGUCUUAUUCACACUUUUUUUAAAGUUAUUAAUAUUUUACCAUAUCAGGCAACAUAA